CACCCCCUCAACCGGAAGUACUUCAGCUGAGCUUCGGGCCAGAGUGAGGCCUGGUAGCUGCUGCUGUUGCUGCCUCCGCCGCCGCUGCUGUCGCCUCCGCGGCUCCCUCGCGGGGGGUCCAGUCACCUCUUCUAGCCCAGGAAGGAGCCCGAGGGCUUGGCACCCCCUGAGCCGCGCCCCGCUGCCCCGGCGCUCAUGGAGCAACGUCAGUAAGACCCACUACUUCUCAAUGUAGAGGAGAAAAAUGAAGUCAAAUGUGGAUGAGAUCAGAUGUAACUAUGAAGAGAGUGAACUCAGAAAGGAGCUAGGACCAUACUGAGAGGAAUGAUAAUAAGAAAGAGGGGAACCAGAUGCAAACAGGAUGAAAUUGUUCAUUUGUGAUGAAGUAAAAUGCAGCCGUGGCUUUUUAGUCAUAUCAGAAGGAAACUGCAUCUGAUUUUCUCGAAAGGGAAGUUUGCAAGGAGAAGAGAAUAGGAGGAAGACCUGAAGAAAUUGCACAGAAGCAAGAAAAGGUUAUGUAAGCAAGCAAACAAAGCAUGGUAUUUUGAAGUAUGAUUAAAGUCCUGAUGUUGCAGCAGAAGUUAAGCAUAUUGAUGGCCAGAUCUAGAGAUCACAUGGUCUUCUAAAGAAGUCAUGGGUAGCUGUUGUAGCUGUCCAGAUAAAGAAACUGUCCCAGAUAAUCAUCGAAGCAAAUUUAAGGUCAUUAAUGUGGAUGAUGAUGGCAAUGAACUGGGUUCUGGCGUAAUGGAGCUGACAGACACAGAACUGAUUUUACAUACCCGUAAAAGAGAUGCAGUAAAAUGGCACUACCUUUGUUUGCGUCGCUAUGGCUACGACUCAAAUCUCUUCUCUUUUGAAAGUGGCCGGAGGUGUCAGACUGGACAAGGAAUAUUUGCCUUUAAAUGUGCCCGUGCAGAAGAAUUGUUUAACAUGCUACAAGAGAUCAUGCAAAAUAAUAGCAUAAAUGUGGUAGAAGAGCCAGUAGUAGAAAGGAAUCACCAACAAACUGAAUUGGAAGUCCCCAGAACCCCCCGAACUCCUACUACUCCUGGGUUUGGUGCACAGAAUUUACCUAAUGGAUAUCCUCGAUAUCCAUCAUUUGGAGAUGCUUCAUCCCAUCCUUCAAGCAGACAUCCUUCUGUGGGAAGUGCGCGCCUUCCUUCAGUAGGUGAAGAAUCAACACAUCCAUUGCUUGUAGCUGAGGAACAAGUACAUACCUAUGUCAAUACUACAGGUGUACAAGAAGAACGGAAAAACAGGUCCAGUGUACACAUACCUUUAGAGACAAGGCUUUCUAAUGUUGAAAGUAACAAAGCAAGAGAAGAGCAGAGUAAUAUUGAGGACAGAGAUCCUCAGAUUCUUCUUGAGCCUGAAGGAGUCAAAUUUGUUUUAGGACCAACCCCUGUUCAAAGGCAAUUAAUGGAAAGAGAAAAACUGGAGCAACUUGGAAAAGAACAAGUAAGUGGCAGCGGUACCAACAACACUGAAUGGGACACUGGCUAUGACAGUGAUGAACGAAAAGACGCACCCUCGGGGAACAAACUGGUGUAUGAAAAUAUAAAUGGGCUAUCUAUUCCCAGUGCCUCAGGGGUCAGGAGAGUUCGUCUGACAUCCACCAGUACCUCAGAUACCCAGAAUAUCAACAACUCGGCUCAGAGGAGAACUGCAUUAUUAAACUAUGAAAACUUACCAUCUUUGCCUCCUGUUUGGGAAGCCCAUAAACAAAGUCGAGAUGAAGAUGACCCCUUAGGACCAAAGACCCCAUCUCUCAAUGGCUAUCACACUAACCUGGAUCCAAUGCAUAACUACGUGAAUACAGAGAAUGUAACAGUGCCAGCAAGUGCUCACAAAGUAGAAUUUUCAAGGCGCCGGGACUGCACACCGACAGUCUUUAAUUUUGACAUUAGGCGUCCCAGUUUAGAACAUAGGCAACUCAAUUACAUCCAGGUGGAUUUGGAAGGUGGUAGUGACUCUGACAACCCUCAGACUCCCAAAACUCCCACCACUCCACUUCCACAAACUCCCACCAGGCGCACAGAGCUGUAUGCUGUGAUAGACAUUGAAAGAACGGCUGCCAUGUCAAGCUUGCAGAAAGCACUGCCACGAGACGAUGGGACGUCUAGGAAGACUAGACACAAUAGUACUGACCUGCCUAUGUGAGCCUUGGAAACACGACAUCCAUCGUUUGCACCUUUGUGAAGUUUUUAAAAAUGAAGAUGCGAGUGCUUCAUUUUCAUUUCUAAACACUAACACCUUUUAUAGACUGAUAGGAUUUUUUUUCUGAAUACUUCAUGUGCUUGUUUAACUAAAGGGAAUGAAUGUAGAGCAGGUACUCCUUAAAGAGCACUAGUUACAGUUCCUGUACAGCACCAUUGCCAUUUUCACAGUGCCUAUCUAAUCGAGAGUAGAAGUGAGUGACAUCCCGGUUUUGAGUUUUCCAAUAUUCUGGACUCGUGCCUCUCAUUUUGUCUAAUCAUGGUUGACAUUCGUAACAUUUGAUAAGAUAUCUUGGUGUGUGUGCAUUAUUAGCAGAUAAAAAUCUAGUCUUUGGAAGUAAGUAUCUGUAGAUUCACUUUCCGGGUUAGGUGGACUCCAGCAUGAGUCAUUCAUCAUUACAUUUACUAAAGGCUUUUUUUACUUGAGCCAAAUGCAUUGUACAUAAAAGGAAUACAUAUGUAAGGUGUGCCAUCCCAUGUUAUAGACCAGUCACGUCCUCUUCCUACAGCAUUAUUAGAAAGAAUAACACAUCCAUGAAUAUGGUGUACUGUUGGUGUGUAUUAGAAGGGCAGGAUGGGGGAACGAAAAGUUCCCUUCUUACCUCAUGCUUUCCUUUUAAGGGCAUGUCAAGAUUCCCUUGAUCAGAAGCACGAUGGGAAUUUAGAAUCAAUCUCAGGCCAAUACUACCAGAAAAGAGUUGCAAUUCUUGAUCAUCAGACGUAUUCUCCAAUAGAUCAUUAAUCUCAGCAUUGUUUCCUGGAGGCAUUUAUAUUUGUGCCAUUAAGUUUCCACUUACCUUUUCUUUUUACUUUUGGUGUUCAGGAUGUCUGUUUUGUUAAAUGAUGUAUUUUGGUUUAAGAUGGUUAAAUUUGUAUAUAGUUUUGUUGUUUAUCUGUUCAGUCUUAUUUAGUCUGUGUUUUGUCAAAUUAUGGUUUUGAAGGUUCAUUUGGAACUUACUGUUAGAUUUUAACAGGGUUGCCCUUUUCCAGUAUUUAUUGAUAUGCUGUUUACUUUUCAAGUCUGGUAGAGACACCCACUUGAUUUUAAAUGUUCAUUCAUGUGUCCAUGGAUGAACUCUUUGGUUGCAAAUGAAAGAAGAAGACACUAAUGAAAUAACAGGUUCCCCAGAGGUACUGUAGAUUUAUCAAUGGACACACUCCUCUGCACUUUAGCAGUGAUUUUCUGUUUUAUAAAGCCUGGCUGCAGUUGUACUUCACCCACUGUAAUAAUGUCAUCAGCUAUGUGCAUCCUUUAUAGCUAGAAUUUAGAAUUUAUAUUGAUUUUUGGCAGAAUGUUAACAUACUGUUACAUCAGCAUCGUGGGGGCAAUGGAAGAUCUUUAGCAAAGAGAUCAUGUCAUGACAUAGAAUUUAGAGGAACUGACAUUUGUUUAAACCUAUGCAUACAUUUGUCAAAUCAUCGGAGAAUCAGAAAUCCUCCAAAUUCCCUGAUUCUUGAGAAUGAAAGGGGAAGUAGAGAGAAGAGUUGGAUCGCCUUACUUUACUUAUGUUCUGAUUUUGCAUUUUAGCCUAGGUAGCCAGAUUUAGGGUUAAAUUACAACACUCACUUGUUUUCAGAUGAGUUACAUUCAAACAAAUUUCAUUUAAAAUGGUUUCAUUCAAACAAACAGCCAGUUAGUUAAUUGGGUUACCCUCUUCAUGAAGGCAGUUCAUGUAUUUGCAUAGCAGUAGAGUGAUGUCAUUGUAAACAAGGUAAAAUGUCAGUGUCCAUGUGUCUGUGCCCUUUGUCUGCCUAGCAGGGUUUUUUAAUUCUGUGAAUUUGGUGCUUGUAAAAAGGGAGAGGUGAAAAUGCUCAUUAGAGCCAUGGGGCUAGGUGUGGGGUUUCUCUGAUAUAGUUCCCUUUUGCAAUAUCUUCUACUGUUCCAUUCUUGCUUUCUCCUGAGAAGAUUUUUAAUUGUGCCAAAUCUGUGUGAUGGUUUUUAUAGCAUAGAAUAACAAUCACGACACUAAUAUAUGUGCUUUUCAUUCACAAAAUUACAGCAAAGACUGCUAGAAUACCCCCCUCCCAGAGAAAGGGCUAAUAAUAGCUGUCUAUUCUUUUAGGUCGAAACUCCUCAUUCUUUCUUUUUUCUACUUUUAUAUCCCUUCCCUCUCCAACUCCCAACUUGCUAUUUCAAAACAUGCCAAUCCAGCAGCUUUGCUGUAGGUUCUGUACUAGCAUAGCAAUACCUACGAAGUAUUUGACUUGUACUCUUAUAGAAGUAUUAGAUGCAUACAGCUGGUGCUACAAUCUGGUUACCUGCUGAAAUUCAUCUAGUUUCCUAUUUAAUAAAUACAUUCCCUUAGAGACUUUGCAAUAAGACUUAAACUGCACUCGAGGAAUGUGUAUCUGACUUACCAGGUGUACAUUUUUAUGAGCUACUUUUGUUAGCAUAUAAUUUAUUCCCAACUGAAUCUCCCUAUACACACCUAGUCUCCAUCUGCAUUCUCCCAGAUGGAAGGAGAUAGAGCUACUUUUCCUUGGCAUGACUUCUUUCUUGAUUCUCUCUUCGUGUAAGAAUUAAAAUUUGGUGCCUUCCCUCCCACCAGGAAGAUAGUCAAGUGGUUCUUUCAUUUUACUGCUGCUUGUGGAGUGAUGAGAUAUGCACUUUACCCUUGAAGACUCAGCAAAAAAGAUUUUCACUUUCCAGCUGAUCUAAAAUAGACUGCAGAUAUCAGGCUUGGGUCUUACUAAAAUUUGCCAAUAAGUUUUUGUGUUUAUAAAUGUUAAUUAACAUUGAUCCCAUGGUUAAAUGUUAGAUGGAAUAAUGUAAGAUGGACAAGGCUGUAUUUUUUUUUCCAGAAAAUCUGUGGCACAUCGUAUUUUUUAAAAAGUACCUCAGUAAUGUUUUACACAUUUGGGAAAGGGGCCUUAUGUUUUCAGCUUCCCAGCCACCCAACACUGUGUUUUUGCCUGAAAGUAAAUCUGUUUUUUUAUACCAAGCUAAAGAUGACCGUCCCUUCCCCCAGGCUAUCUAACCAAUAAUGCCCCUGUAAUUUGUGCAGUGUGGAGUAAGUGUCCACAGAUUCUGCCUCCAUCAGAGAACUCCUGGGUAAGUAACAGGUAUCUUACCAUCACAUUUACAGUUCUGCUGUGUGAGGUAUAUGGUACUAAUAAUGUUUUCCCUAAACUUUGCCAAAUGUUGAACAUAGGCAUUGGUACUGAAUUACUGAAUGUAUAGAAAACACAUUUGACUUGAAAAAUAAGUCUUUAUACCACGUACCACAAGAUGCUGUGCCCAGACCAGCCCUGGCCUACCUUUCCUCCUUCCAGUCCUCCUUUCACUCCAUUGACCUCCCUUCUGCCCUUUCCCUGUCUCUCCUCGUUUCCAUCACCCUAUCAUAUAACAAACACUUCAUUCUGUUGUAGCAUCUUUAGGGCUAGUUUUUCUGCAUCUUUGACUACACUAUAGAGUUGCAGUUGCAGUACAAUUGGAUACCAUUAUAGCAUGGAAAAUGACUGGUAUUAAUAGUACAGUAGUCACCAGUGUGCCACAGUUGCAUUAUUCAAUGCAAAAUAUACAUUUUUAUAAAGGCCAAAUUUGUAUUAUGUUUUUAUUUCAUUACAGUGUAUAAUAUUGUAAGAUUAUUAUGUCCUAAUUCACAUUAUAAAAUGUUAAGUUUUUCCUACUUAAAGGCAUAAAUAUAGCAACUUUGUAUAAAGGUAGCUUACUAGAUUUUUAAUUUUUUCUUUUAUAAAAAGUUGUCUAAACAGUGGGACUACCAUUGCCAAAUUGUAUAUGAAAAUAUGAAUUUUGCCCCUCCCUUUGGUUAAUUUCUUUUAUAAACAUUCCAUGUUUCUCUAAUAAAAGACAAAAGUGAUACUGUACUAUGCAGAAAUUGUGUAUUUUUGAUGCUGUUUUCUUAUCGCCAUUUAAAUUUUGGUUUGCUUUUUUUAGUAUUGAUAAUAACUUACCAAAUGUUAAAAGCCUUGUGCCAUGUGAUGUUGACAUCAUUGUGUGCCCUUCUCUUGAAGCCCUCGUUUCCCAUCAUCCCUCAUCAGUGCCAACUUCAUAUUUUGUAGCAUGGCAAUAAAAUAUUGAGUUUAUAUUAUAA